AUGAUUGCAGAUCUUCAACGCCAGCUCGUGGCGGCAAAUGAGCGCUUUCAAGAAUUGGAGGAGAUGAAUGAGCUUCUGGAGGAGGAGCUUGAGAGCCUCCGUCGGCACGUGGCGGAAGUUGACGGCUAUCAACUCGAAGACUACGCCUCUACCACCUCCUCGUUGGCGCAAUGGGCCGAUGAAUUCGACUCGGAGUUUCCGUUGCCUUGUCGUUCCCCAAACGGUGUUGAGGACUUUAGGGGCUACAUGCCCCUUAUUGAACCCCACGGGGCCGAAAAGUGGUGGAGUCCAGAAUCUCUGCGUGAGAUGAAUUUCAAAGAGGAUGAGAAUCCAUACGAUGUACCUGAUGAUCACCCUGCUGCGAAGCUUCAAAUCACUACGAAAGCUGUGAAGGAAUGGAUCUUUGCCCUACGCGUGGAUCCUGUAACUAAGGGUGUGCGUUUGGCUAAGAUGUGGAAGCGGAUUUUGCUACGUCGGAUAUUCUCCGGUCAAGUGCCUUUCAACGAUGGUAGGAAGAUCUCAGACCAGCUUCCCCGAGUUCAAGGAGCACUGAUCAACUGUACCCAUACACCUACGGAGUAA